AUGGACGCGUACGAGCAGAUCCGCAUCAUCGGCAAGGGCUCGUUCGGCGUCGUCACGCAGAUUGUGCGCAAAGCUGACCGCAAGAUGCUCGUGUGGAAAGAGGUCAACUACGGAGCCAUGAGUGAGAAGGAGAAGCAGCUCAUCGUGAGCGAGGUGAACAUUCUGAGAGAGCUGCGUCACCCGCACAUUGUCCGCUACUUGGACCGAGUGAUUGACAAGCAGGCGACCAGGAUUUACAUUGUCAUGGAGUACUGCGAAGGCGGUGAUCUUGGCCAGUUCAUUAAACGGAAGAAGCGGGAGGGGUCCUACAUUGAAGAGGGCUUUAUCUGGCACAUUUUCACGCAUAUCUUUUUGGCUCUGAAAGAAUGUCACCGUCACCGCGAAGGCAAUGUCGUUCGUCCCAUUCUCCACCGUGACAUUAAACCCGGCAACAUUUUUCUAGACUCGAACAACAACGCGAAGCUUGGUGACUUUGGUCUCGCCAAGGAGCUGAGCAGCGAGUCUCGUUUUGCGCAGACGAACGUGGGAACUCCGUACUACAUGAGCCCAGAGAUGGUGAACGAGAUGACGUACGACGACCGCUCUGACAUUUGGGCACUGGGGUGCUUGCUGUACGAAAUGGCUACUCUCGGCCCUCCUUUUGACGCAACCAAUCAGUUGGCACUCGCCAAAAAAAUCAACGCGGGCAAGUUUACGCGCAUCCCGUCGCAGUACUCGGAGGGUCUAUUCCAGGUCAUUCGAUGGAUGCUUCAUCGACAGCGCUCUCGACGACCGAGAAUCGAAGACUUGGAGCGUGUGCCACAGCUGCAACAGAGAUUACGCGCGUACUCGGCAGCGAAUGCGCCGCAACCAGCUGCUGAUCCGAAUUUGCAGACGUCGUACAACCAGAAGAUGAAAGAGCUUUUGGGCAUUGAGGAAGACCUUCGUCGACAAGAGGCUGCUCUGAUGGCUCGUGAAAAGAAGCUGAAAGAGCUGGAGGUAGACUAUAUGCGUCGUGAGAGCGAACUGAAGAAACGCGAGCAAAUGCUCGAGAUGAUGGCGCGAUCGGUGUCUAAUAACGCAUCAGCUAAGGUCGGAUCCCCAACCAUGUCGGAUGACUCCAAUUCGAGUGCAGAUAACACCUUUGGCCAAGGAGGUCCUCAGAGCCCUAAACGACGGGGGGACGUCAAUGGCGGUAGUCCUUCUGCUCGUGGCGGUCUUCACUCGUCAGGUGAUUUGAAUGCGAAAGUCGCGCCAGAAGAGGUCCAGAUAAGAUCUCAGCGUGGCGGGGUGUAUCCUGCCAAAGGCCAGAGCAGUCCUUACUAUGGUUCAACAGGCGAUGCGAGCGCCACGCCGUCGACAGCGAACCGACUCCGUGAUGCCCCCGAGCAAGUGGCAAACUUGAUGAAGGGCAUGUGGAAAAAGGGCAAUUAG